CAGCCUCCAAGAUGGAUUUGUAUAAAUAAUAAAGAUCGCUCCCAGCCAGAGACAGAAGCAGUUCAAACUUCAGAUCGAAAGAACCCAGUUAACAGCUCAAGAUGCGUGCCUUCAUCGUCCUGUGUUUAGUGGCAGUUGCCUGCGCCGAUAAGCUCGGCUAUAACUAUCAGCCUGUUGGCCACUCCAGCUCCGGGCUUUCCUUCAGUCCAGGCAGUGGUGCAUCUCUAGGAGGUGGCUCCCUUGGCGGAGGAUCCCUGGGAGGUGGCUCUCUGGGAGGUGGCUCUCUUGGAGGUGGCUCUCUUGGAGGUGGCUCUCUUGGAGGUGGAUCCUUGGGAGGUGGAUCUCUGGGUGGUGGCUCCCUGGAUGCUGGUCUUGGCAGCCUUGGAGGCAGCAUCGGAGGUGGUGAUGCCCUGAGCGCCCCCGUCUCCUACAGCGCCCCAGCCCCCACUGGUGAACUCGAAAAGGAAUUCUUCACCUUCAGCGCCAACGAGCAGGACUUCGAUGAGCCCCAAGAACUGGAACGCGUUGCCGGCUCCGUGAACAAGGGACUACGCGUCGUCUUCAUCAAGGGACCCGAGAACCGUGGCCUGGAGAACGCCGCUCUGGCUCUUGCCAAGCAGGCUGCCCAGCAGGAGACCGCCAUCUAUGUUCUCAACAAGCAGUCCGACAUCGGUGAUCUGGCCAACAAGCUGAACGCCAUCCGCAGCAACAACAACAACAAGCCCGAGGUUCACUUCGUCAAGUACCGCACCCCCGAGGAUGCUGCCAACGCCCAGCGUGCCAUCCAAUCGCAAUACGACCAGUUGGGAGGAUCCUCUCAGGCUCAUGAUGGAGGUGUUGCCGCCGCUCUGAACUUCGCCUCUGCUGGACCGGUCCAGAAGGUCAACGCUCAGAUCCCCGACAACGCCUACCUGCCCACCUCUGUCUUCCGCCGCCUCCGCUUCUAAGAAGGAUAAUGUUUUGGACUUAGCCUAAGAGAAACAGACUGGAGAGUUCUCUCUUCCUGUUACACGUUGUUGACUAAUGCAUAAUUACAAUAAUAAAUUUCAAACAUAUAAAACGAA